AUAUAUUACCAACAUUACUGGGACAAAAGUCAACAUUAUUUGAAAAAAAAUUCAACAUGAAACUUUCGAUUUCUACUCUUUUAUUGAUUUUAUCGAUCUUAAUCAAUAAUUCACAAUCAAAUUCCUACAAUUUUCCGCCCUACAGUUACAAAACAAGAGAAGCGGCCGAAAUUCACUGCGUUUAUCCGCAUAGUAUAAUUAAAAAACAUCCCAUUUUUAAAACUAAAAAGACAGUUCUUGUUUAUAUUUGUAAAGGAGGCGAUCUGGAUUCUUAUUACAAAAUAAAAGAUGAAGCAAAGGAAAGUUGUGUCUCCAAAUAUGAUCAUCUUUAUUAUUGCAAGUAUGAUAAAGAGUCUUAUCAGAAUUCUCUCGAGAGUCUCAAUUUACCGGAUUAAAUUCUAAAAUAAAUGAAAUAAAAGAAAAUAUUUACUGUUAACAUUUUAAAUGUUCUAAAUACUGUAAAAUAUUUUAAAAUAAAUUUUCAAAACUUAUAAAGUUA